UUAAUUGCGUGACGAGCCCACGAUAGGUCUGCAGUUUUUCUCUGUCGGUCACGCAACAUUGGUUUUCGGUUUCAUUUUUCCGGGAAUCGACAUUACUAGUCAAAAACUGUGUAUGGAAACGUGCUUCGAAGACUCGUAUGCACAAUAAUCCCCUCAAGCUACGGUAGGAAAUAUUUCUGGGCAGAUUGCUUCCAACACUUGUCAAGGUUUGAUCAACAUGGCGCAAGAUUUUCAAGAAGGUGGGUUCCACUUCCGUGCGCGAUCGAUCUAGACUUAUAAAUAUCUAAGAUGUUGUAUUGCAAAUAGCCUUUUUCUUAGAAUAGUCACAGCAUCGCGCCUUCCGUAUGUUUUUUAGCAAUAUAUCGGGUUGUCUAUUUCGUAAAAUGGUUUUUGAGUAGUUAUUGCAGGUUUUCUGUUUUGUUUUUUACCAACGAAAUACUAAUUUAAUGGCGUCGGAUAGAAAGAGACGCCAUUGUUAUGAAAAAUGUUCCUAAGUAACCUGUUGCUUCGCGUAGAUUGUCUUGUCUGUGAGGAUUAAGUGUUACUUCAACAAAUAACUUGCGGAAACACUAAAACUUUUCUAACAUGCUUUCUAUCGGCUUGUCAGUUGGAACCUUGCGUGGACUAAAUUAUGGUCAUUCAAUUUCUUUUUGGAAUACGGUUACGAAACUUAUUUAUUCUGAUCGCAUAACAAGUAUUUACUACAAAUGGUUUUUAAUGGUAGAAUAUUGAACUAUGAUUCAUGUUUAAAUACUGUAUGGUGUCACAGUAAAUAAUGUAUUUACAUGCUGUAAGUUAAUUGUGCAUUAAUGUAGAGCGUACCCUCCUUUUCAUUGGAAUGCAUUAUUGUGCGUAUAAAUGCUGAACACUGGGCAAGGCUAAUUGGUUCUAGAGUCAAUCACUGAAAUUUUAGGUGGGUGUGUGCCAUAGGGACCCUGUAACCAUGCCAACAUUAGCCUGAGUCUAGUCUACAGUGAAACCUCAAUAUAAUGCAGGGCCAAGGGACAGGGACACCCAACGACCGUUUUCUGGGAAAUGAUCUGAAAUGGCUCGUUAUGCAUCCUGGAGUGCUUUAAAAGCAAUAUAAAUGAAUAAUUCGCAUCACUAAAAAAGUUUGAUCUGUUCGGUCGUCCUAGGAGUGGUUUGAACCUCUCGAAUUUUUUAGGGCUGUUUUUCGCCUUUCCCGAAAAUAUUAGCCUACAGUGAAAGCUUUCCGAAAACGUAAGAUUACCUGACGAGCUUUUCCCUUGACCGAAAUUUUUAGGGGUCCUUUCAAGUUUUCUCCGAAAACUCUAUGUAGUCUGAGAAUGUCUCCGAAUUUUCUAGGGCGACGUAGAAUGUAUAGAAAAUUCUAGGUGUAAAAGAAAAGGCAUUUAAGUGAUUUUAAAGCCAGUUGAAACGUCUAAUGAAUGUAUAGAAAAUUCUAGGUGUAAAACAAAAGGCAUUUAAGUGAUUUUAAAGCCAGUUGAAACGUCUUGUACCUGCCGAACUCAAUUCGCAUGGCGCUUGCGGAAAAAUCUGAAAUACGGCAUGGCACUGACUGAUUAAAACGCAGACAGACAGGCAGAACACAGGAUGGGAUAGUAAAGAUCAGCUGCUGUUAACAAGCUGAUUACUCCGGUGAGCUGGAUUUUGACAUCCGAGUGAGUUUUUGGUUGUCGACAAUCAGCUCAGGGAAUCAGCAGGACCGUGCACCGACCCGUGACUUCGUCUUGGUCAAUAUACAGAAUAUACAGCACAGCUGCCAGCUGAAUAUAUUAUCCCCAAUCUAGCCCCAGAAAGCCUGUAUGCAACGCAGAUAACGGGUCUGUAUCACCCACUCAUCACCCUGCACAUUACGGUCACCGAACAACCAAAAAUUAAAGUUGCCAGCAGUAGUUUGUCCUCGCUCCUCGCCCCCAUCUCCCUCCCCACACACCCCCCAGGUGGCGAUGAGCGAGCAAAGAAAAAAAUGUCUGUUUUCGCUGGCUAAAGUUCACUGAAACGCUGAAAGUUGCCUAUUUACCUACACAGUUGACUGUAACUGCAAAUGUCAGAAAUGUGACUUUAUUAAAAUUCGGUAGAUCAGAUACAUGCGCAGCCGAGAACAGUGCUACAAUAGCGUUGUCUGGGUUAUCCCACCGAUCCCUCCCUCUGGUAGUCCUGCUGCGAUACUGUCCUGAGUACGCGUAACCGGUAAGCCCAGAAAAGGGUCGUUGGGUUUUAAAUCAGUUGUGUGAAAAUUUCGCAAAUGAGACUGCCGGGUUUAAGCUCUAUUCUUAGUUUACGAAAGCUACGAAAUUUGUAGGUGCUGAAAUCAGAAUGUAGAGAUUACUACGAAAGCUACGAAAUUUCUAGGUGAUCUAGAGAUUACUACAAAAUCCAAAAUUCUUAGGUGAACAAACCACACAAAUCCCGAAACUCUGAGCCCAACAAACAGUCACCACGAAACAUUUUUGAAAUUUUUAGCUGUUCUUGGGCUCCCGAAAAUUUUAGCCAUUCUAGAGGGCUCCGAACAGAUAUUUCCCCGAAAACGGUUGUUGGGUGCCCCUGAAGGGACUGGCAAAGUAUGUUUGCUCAAAGGAGGAUAUUUUCUGUAUAUUUCACUAUUAAUGGGGAAAAGAACAUUGUCUUUUAUUUUAGGACUUCGUUUUAAAGAGGUUUGUUAUAUAUUAGGCUUCCACUAGUAUAUCAGUAUGCUAGUCCAGCCUACAUUGUUACUUAUAUAUUCAGCUGCAUUUUGCAACCCUAUUCCAGACUAUGAACAACCAAAUCGUUACCCUGUCCCAGACUAUGUACUCUAAACUUUUAGCAAUAUUAUUGAAUGAGGGUGAGUAGGAUAUGAAGAAUUCCUGCCUUGUUUAUAGACGAUAUUUUGCUGUGAAAUGAAUAAAUUCCGCUGACUGUUCAGCCAUUUUGUUCUCACUUGAUCACAACAACUGAACCUCGUCCCCAGGUUUUCUCAGUUAAUGCUUCAAUGACCUGCAACCCGGCUGCACUUAUUUGAUGUCAUUUUGGUCAACAGUCUUUGGUUAUGGUGAAUUAUGCGUGUGGUUUUAACCAAUCAGAAACAGAGAAAUAUUUUGAAUGAAUAAUAAUAAUUAUUCCUAGCACUGGACAAUUGUUGUGCAAUUGUUGAUUAUUUUACCAUAUAUUCUUGGAAAACAUGCCUAAUCUCCCAUAGACAUUUUAAAUUCUGCAAGCAGAAUACUGCAAUGCUGACUAUACUACAUGAGAAUUUACUUUACAAGACAUCAACACGACACCGAAAGAACUCAUAACCAUAGACAGGUGUUUUGCUAUUAUUGUAGCUUAUCAGUAUGGCAUAACAACCGGAGAAAGCUCUGUUGAAAAAUAUCCACACACUCUGAUUUUAGCCCUAACCAGGGGCGGAUCCAGGAAUUUUUGAUUGGGGGGUCCAAACUUUGGUUCGCAAAGGACUGUUCAACUUUUUUGUGCCAAAUUACUUUUCCUCCACACCCCCUUCCACCAGUCGCUGAGAAGGCAGAGAUGACUAUGAGUUUCUCAAUCUGUGAACUUUUCUGGAGGGUUUUAAUAUCCCUGGAAUUUAGUUUAGUGGCAAAAUGCAACACACAUUUCAUUGAAAAAAACAGCCAGUUAAAAAGUGAUAUACGAUCCUGUCGAUGUAAGAAUUUUAGUCUCAAACAAGCAUCAGGUCUGAUAGGGGUAUGUCUGGACCCCCCAGACCCUCUCCCUGGAUCUGCUACUGAGGCCCUGCUAGGGUAAAUUUCGACAAGCAACAUGGCCCAAAAAGUAGCAACAGUGUGUAAAAUGAAAUCGCGACAAGAGACAACCUCCCUCGGCCAAAUUGCGACAGUGACGGCAAAGCCAACAAUAAGCGACAAGCAUUUAUAAACACCAACACAAGGUGUUUUAAAAUUCAGACGGGCGACAUGGGACCCCCCCCCCCUUGGGGUAGGGCCUUGCUACUGCUAACCCAGAACUCCCAACACCCACAGAAUCACGCCAUAUCACGUGUCUUCUGCAGGGCAGGAGUCCAAGUGUCAAGUCGAUGUCUUGCAAAGAAAAAUAAAGGAUUGACGAAAAACCAACCUCAAAAACGUGGCCAGAACCAUGCAAAAAUUGCAGCAUAUCAGGAUCUAUGAUAGAUCUACGGCCCCAAAUACAUGAAGUACAAACAUUAACCACAAAGGACUGCAAAGGACCACAAACGAAUAUGCUGAAGAAUGUAGGAUCUAUAUAAAUACCUUAUAAAGUCCUUUGUGGUUAACCUUUGUAAUCUCUCAUGUGAUAUUAUCUUAAUAUGAGAGAACCCUAGGGGCAUACCUACCUGUAUGCACGGUAUGCAUGUGCAUACCUGAAAAGGUCUAGGCUGGUUUAAAAAUUUGAAUGGUAAGAAAAGCAAAUAAAUAUAAGAUGAUUAUUUUAAAAUGUAUCCUGUGUUAAGCCCUGUUAGGCCCCUCACUCUCAUGGGCAGCAGUUAUGCAAAUGUAUAAGAACAAAAAAAAGUGAAAAAGUUUCAACAUCUGGGACUUUCCAGGGAGGUUGGCAGGUGGAUUGUGAAAAUUUUGUGUACCUCUUGAAAAAUCCUGGCCAUCCCACUGAAUGUACAAAAUGGUUAGGCUCUCUUAGGAUAAAAGUAAUUUAUUUUCUCUCCAAGCAUUUAAACCCACUAGUAAAGCUAUGUGCAAUGAGCAACUGCGGUAGAUUUUAUUCAGGAUCACAGGGUACUCAGGUUCAUAUUUAGAAAAACAAUAGGAUUUGUGUAAUUGUGUCAUUUAUUGGUUAUUUGGUCAGUGGCUGAACACAAAAUAAUGUCUCAGAUUUCUACUUGAUUGGUCUUGAAGGAAACCUGGGAAGCCUGGUAACCCUGUGGUAAGAUCUGUAGACAAGGCUGCCCUUCUUUAACUCUUACUUAGGAAGACAUUUGAAUGAAAACUUUAGUGUGGUGUCUAUUGUAGCAUUGCUGAGUUCGGCUUUGAAAGCAAUCCCUAGGCAUUCUCCGCUGUUUCCCCCCAGUCAAACCUGGACUCUACUGUGAGCUGUGAUAUCAUCCUUCCCCAGACUUUGUGCAAACAACGGGAUAAGAGGGAUCACUUAGUAGGCUGGCAAUUCAGGAAGCACUCUAGGAACGUGGGUUUUACAACACAGUUUCUCAUCUCUAUAGAUGUGAGGGUUUUAGGGCAAAAAAGCUCUCUACAUGAGUAGUUUGUCCGUUAUUUUUAAAUCUACAAUAUUGGUCAGGUUAUUAAUAUUAUAUAAUCAUGUAAGUUUUUUUAAUAUUAGGGGUGAUAUCCCUGCUGAAGGAAAUUUUGUGCCCAGAACACCAUUCUUUGAAGUUAGUGCCGAGUUAAGCAAAUCGAAAUGUUAAAUUUGGAGGCUAAUAGUGCAGUGGGAGAAGACAACUUUAGACGAAUGGGUAGCUGCAGUGAACGGAGAAUAUAACGUGCAAAAGGAAGCAAAGGAGAGAACAUUCGUGACUGAAUGUCUCUGUUUGUAGCUCCUGGCCUAACCACAUCUUUAUUUUUACUACCACCACAUUCUUUAACCCUUUAAACCCUAAGAUCAAAAAUUGAAUUCUCGUUUGUUGCCCCUAUUCAUUUCCAACAAAAGUAGUGGGGAGAAGUUGAUAAAAUAUCAAGCAAAUUCAUCUAGUGUGAUCAUGUCAGUAAUCCUCAUGACCACUCUGUUUUACAAAGGAUUGAUAUUAGUAUAGGUAAUAGCAUGAUUUGUAGUGAUAUUUGGCAUAAAUAGCACGAGUGAUAUUUCGAAAUUGUUACAAAAAAAUUUGAGACAAUUUUGAAAUAUCAUAAGUGGUAUUUAUGCCAAAUAUCACGUACAAAUCAUUCUCUUUAAUUGUUUAUACUACUACCCACAAAAAGGUUUGUAAUUUUCACAUGUAGGUAUUUCAAAUUAAGCUGAAAUACCACUGCUCUAAGCCAAUCAAAUUGCAGAAAUUUCUCAUGUAGUAGUAUAACAAGGAGAAAUUUGACGCUAAUCACUCUUAGGGCUUAAAGAGUUAAGACCAAUGGGGUAGCCUGCGAAAACAGCCGACAUUUCGCAAAGCCACCACUGGUUUCUCCGCGAAAUCACGUCUGAGAUUCCAUACUGAUGACGUGUCACUACCUAGACACUGUGUAGUGCCACUGAUUGGUCGUGCUGCAUGGGAAAUUUGCUUCAUUCAAUCAAAAGUACUUACCAGAUCUGGGUAGUGCUUCUGAUUGGUUGAAGCUAAUUUUCAGCCCAUCUGUAGCACUACCCAGAUCUGGGAGUGACGCGUCAUCAGAAUGGAAUUUCUUCGCUCGUUUCUCAGACGUCAUUUCUCGGGAAAACACAGUGGUGGCGUCGCGAAAUGUCAGCUGUUUUCUCAGGCUACCAAUCAGGAAAUAAUGUUUGUAUCUGAAAACUUCAUCUCGGCCCUUUGCAGAACCUGCAUCGGCUCGCUGUAUGGCAAGCCAUUCUAGCUUUGAUUUAAAUCACAAAGCUUUGAGUGCGUUCGGGUGAAGCCCUCCCAAGUUAAUUCAAACGUCUUUUCAGUCUUCUAGUCCAGUCAUUUCGUAUCUAACUGAAAGGGUAGUAAAAUAGGGUGAAUUUUUUUCAUUGCAGUCUCCAGCCUGGACACAUCGUCUUCGUUUGAAGACCAGUUCAAGGACUUGACGUCGCUUAUAACCUUCUUUGAGCAAUGCUCGCAGGGGACACAAGGUUUUAUUGACCUGAUGAGGCAGCAACUUAGUGAGAGCAUAAAGGCAGACCUGAUUACUGACGCAGAAAAACAGCGUCUGUCGUCGUAUUCCGCCAAGAAGUCCACUCUGUUAGUGGUGGGUCAAACCAACAGCGGCAAGAGUUCUUUCGUGAAUGAACUUCUUGGUGGUUCGUUUAUGCCAACUUCUGAAGUUCCCUGUACGUCCCGCAUAGUUCGUCUAAAGUACAGUGAGGAGAAUUACUACCAGGUACAAUAAACGGAAUUCUUGAAGCAAAGUACAGUAGCCGCCUGAAAUUCGUUUAUUCCAUUUCUUUGAACACCCAGACCUCAAAACAAAAGGGAACGAGCAAUAGUUUCUGCAACACCCAGAAACACCCUUAAUUUAUAAUUAGUAUUUGUAUCUUGCAGCGGAGCACCAUCGGUAAGACAAUAUGGUUAACCAUGCAUCCAAGAAUUUUUAGUUUUGAGUAAUCGUCCUCCGUUAGCGCGUGUAAAAAAUUUUUAACUUGAUAUUCGACCCAUCUGUCCAUGUUAUGAUCAACUGACAGCUGUAAACAUAGGCUAUCCGCUAACUAAUGUCACAUGACUGUAUUGCGGGCUCAGGUGUACAACUCACUGAGGUGGCGUGUUGUUUUAGUUCUCUGCUGACCAGUCAUGACAUUCACAUGAUCGCAGGCUGAGAAACUUUACUUCAGAAAGACAUGUCGUUAAAGUUCCCUCGAGAGCUUCGCUUUUAGCCUUGGCUAAAUCUAUAUAUAUGUUUAUUGUCUUUGUUCGCCUGUUUUACGUUGGGUUUUCUCCCUUGUAUUUAUCGUUUAAUACUUCAGGUGUUGAAUAGCUCUCAACCUUCGGAAGGAAUCCAGAAGACUCCCUUCAGUAAGAAGAAGCUCCCUAAAGAGGCGAUUGAGCUGGACGAGAUCAAGAGAGGCGACCCAUCAUGGAUCAACUCUGUGGUAGAAGUGGGGCUAAACAACCCGCUCCUACAGAGUGGCCAUCUGGAAGUCAUUGAUGCACCCGGAAUGAGUGAAAACGAGUCUUUGGACAAAAUCGUUAACGAGUGCAUUCAAGGAGUCUUACAGGUCAUCAUUUAUGUUAUAGAUGGCAACUCAUCUUUAAGAUUACAGGUUAGCGUGAAAUAAGGAGAGCCUCCCAGGGAUUUUACACCUGGUUGAAGAGACAAAGUCGAAUAAGGUUCCUUGCUCAGAAAAAAGAAACGCGACGGGCGAGGCUUAAACCCCGGACCUCUAAAUCCGGUGUUAAACGCUAGGUCACAGACGCUUCCACCGGCGACAUACUGCUGGAGGGUAACCCCGCGAUUGACUAGAAUCCCGUCCGGGGGGGGGGAAUAGCAAUACUCCUAGGUAUGCUUCAUUCAAAGGCAACCGGGAUAAGUUCUGUUUAGGAAUUUGGCUCGGGAGUGCCUUUACCCUUACCUUACCUCCUGCCUUUGUAGGUGGGGUCACACUAGUCGUCUUCCCUAAGGCUCCACAUGGGGAAAUAGCUUGGGUUGGCUUCGCUCUGCAUUUUGAUCACUGUCAUGUUUGCGGCUACACAGCGAUAAAUUGCCCAAGGGGAAGAAAAAACUUGGACUCGGUUUCAUGGGAAACGCCGUUGUAAACAUUGAAAGGCUGACAUAAAUCGUAAACGGUUUCGACCAUUUUUACCCUUUUAAUAAAAGUGCCACAUCAAUUACGCUUGAUCACACGAGCGAUUCAGCCCUUAAUUUUGAGACUAAAAAAGAAAGAAAAAGAAAAGCUAAUUCUUGCCUAAAUUCUCGCUCAGAAGUAAAGUACGGGUUUACCAAAGUGGUUGCAACGACUUUAAGAAAGGAAUUCUUGAACAUUGAUUUUACAAAGAAAACUCGCGAGUGUUUCAAGAUGCUUUUGAAUAUGUUUAACGUAAAAACCUGAAAAACAUUCACGACAGUGCUCAAAAUCCUGUUGAAUGUUCGAACUUUUAGUCAAGUUUUUGCGUAGGAUUUUGCGCCAAGACGAACACAGCACGUAAACAACACAUGAUUUCUACCGCCUGGUACAUUUCACUUAAGGUUGAGCCGCUUUGGGUUUUAAUUCACCCAUAGAACUUACCUCGGGAACUGUCAUGGGUAAUUCUUUUGUUCUUUUUGCCGUCUCCAUGGAAAUUUCCGCGAGGUAAUUUCACCUUGGGGAAAUCGGUGACACACCAAAAUUUGCUUCCCCAUGGGCAACAGAAAUUUGCCCAUGGGUAAAAUCGCUAGUGUGACCGCACCUAAUGCUUAGCCGCUUAUCUAUCCUCUUUAUCGAUCAAGGGAGAGGGUUUUGGCAACUGUCAGAGCAACUGCGAUCAUGGGAACAAACAACUCAUCAGCAUCAGGAUCCAUCAGUGCAGCAGCUCCAUAUUAGGAAGCUUAAGCAACAACGACGGCGACGGUUACGAAAACGUCCCUUAAAAAGUGAAUUCGCGCUGCUUCAAUCUUUAUCGCGCUUAUUCCAUCUGGUUCAGUGCGUCAAAUGUUGCAAUUCUUUUCUAGAGUUGAAUCCUUAAAGACUGUCUCGAAGUGCGGGAAACGAAAAACAAAGUCGUUGUCUAGUGUUCACGCCCUCCACACGUCGAAGUCGUGCAACGACGGCAAAGAAAUGUACAAAAAAGCAUGAUGCACGUGCAAAGUUGUUGUUUUGUCAAUCUAAACCUUUUGAUUUUUUGACGUUGUCUUUGACGUCGCCGUCGUCUUUGCUUAAGCUCCCUAAUCUCUCCUUCGUCACGCUUUACAGUUCUCACUUAGCGCCGGGCGGCUGGGGGCCUGAAGCCCGUUUCUCGAAAGUCCCGAUAAUUAACGGGCCCGGUAAGCUGUCUCCGUCUACAUUAAAGAUCGAGGUUUCAAUAGUUUUGCAUCUAACGUGAUAAAACUGUCAGUUAAUGAAACAAAAUGGAGUUGUUUGUUAGCCAGGACCCGCGUUCUUAUUCUUUAUAUUUCGAUUUGAAUAUUUGAUUUCGGGCCCGUAAAGUUACCGGGACUUUCGAGAAACGGGCCCCUGGACUCUGUUAUAAACCCUCCAAGGAUACAGUCUGUAUUUGCUGCGUGAUGGUUGGCAGUUUUUACCUUCUAUGUAUUUUGCACCUUUUUCCUAUGAGAUGGAGUCACUGAAUGGGGCGUAUUUAGGUUGCGUCGUAUGUAAGACACGUCAUAUUUUUGCUCGUUUAAAAGGCCCUAUAGUAGUAAAGAGAGGAAAACUCGCUGAUCGACAGGUCCUCUUCAUUCAAGUUCUGGUCUGAAACGGAGUAUGCAAUCUAUCUCUUAAACCUGCGAUAGCGAUGAGGUAACAAAUUUAAAUGUUUUUUUUUGGUCCUGGGUCCCAGCAGAACCCACCCACCUAAAUUUUCUAACUACCUCUUCUCCCACGGGAAUGAACAUAAAACAAAAUGGCUGGUGAAUUGAGCAAUCCUUUUUUUUUCUUUGUGCUGAAGGAAAGAGGCUUUCUUCUCAACUUGAAGGAAAAAGUUGGCAACUUGCCCAUAUUCUUCGUUUGCAACAAGGUAGAGAAAGACCAAAGAGCACUAGAAUUUGACCGGGACUCCGAAUCAGAAGGCGAUUCCGACUCACAAGACGAUAAGCCAAGUGGGAAAGAAAAACGAAAAGAAGAUGUUGUUUAUCAAGCUUUAGCAAAGUGCCAAAUGGUUCCUGAAGACGUAGCAUGGGAGGACUGUGCGUUUUUUCACGGGUUGUCGUCCAAGGAAGUAAGGAGUGCUCGUCUUAAGAAAGAAACAAACCAAUUCACCGAACAGUUUGAAAUUCUCAAAUCCAAACUGCUUAGAUUUGCUGCCAUUGGAGUAAAUUCGCAUUUGAAGUCUGCCACUGAGCUUCUCUCCCAGAUCCAAGACAGAGUUUUCGAUUUGUUUCUUACUUGCGAUUUCCAAAAACCCGUCCAAAGGGAGUUGUUCCAUUUCUUGGAAUUUAGGGAGCAAGAGUAUGUAGAGAAAAUUCGGUCGUACAUAGGAAAGAACAAAUCUCAUUUUGCCAAUAUUAUCAGUAGGGCUAUCAACGUGAAAAGAAGCAAAAUCGAAACAGACGCAUGUGACAUGCAGUUUGACCCUAUUAAAAUAGGGGAUGUUGUCCGGCGAAAUGAAGUUGUCGAACAGUGUCGAAGACAAAUCAAGGACCUAGUGCUGUUUAAAGUCAUGGACAUUUCCAUGACUAAAGUGAGAGAGACAGUAACUGCAAUCACGAAAAAAAUUCGCACCUCUCUGGAAGAAUCUUUCUGCGAAGUGGUAAAACAGGAUGACCGUCUUGCUAAUUUGGUAAAGAGACAGCUUGAAUACAGCUUUCUUCAGCAUUUCCAUCAAGAAGACGUGAUACAGCAUUUUGAUUAUGCUUUGAUGAGAACAGGAAUCAGAAUAAGGGAUGAAGCCAUCAAGGUAGUAAGCGAUGUGUGGUCUGCUUUCACAGGAAAGAGGACAAAACUAGACCGAGAAUGGAAGCGAAGCGUCGCUAAGGAUGUGUUAGAUAGCGUUGAUACCGAUGCAAUAGCUAACAGAAUAUGUUGUAAAAUAUCAGAUGAUCUCGAAAAUGGUCACAAACUUUUUCAAGUAAAUCUUCACUACAUGGAAAUAAUGUGCGCGGCUGCAGCCGAGCAGACUGAUGUUCAGAAGACGUUUGCGAUAGCAAGGGCACCACAUUUUGCAAGCUUAAUGAGUAGCACAGCGGCACUCUAUGAAACCCUGGUAUCACCAGUUCCCCAGAGAGUAGCCUUGGGUACUCGACUGGGAAGGAAUGGACACAGAGGCAACGUCUAUGAAGUACAGUCCAACGAGCGUCUUGUGGCCAAACAGCUAACCUGCGACAAGGAGUCAACGAAAGAAGAGUAUUUGUUUGGCUUGACACGUUCUUAUAGAAGGUCAGAAUUGCAUUGAAUCAUGUAGUUAAUCACUAAUCAGUUAGUCCUUCAUCUUGGGAAAAAAGUUAGUUUCUUAGAUUGUGAUGUAGCGCCAAUAAGAGAGAGAGAGAGAGUGGGGGCGGGGGGAGAGAGGGAGAAAGAGAAAGACAGAAUUCUGGUUAUACUAAGGCCCAGUAGCGCUCAAAACGUCAGUUCUAUAUAGUGAACAGUUAACCCAGUGGAUGAAAUCAAACUUUUGUGUUCUUAAUCUUGGUCACUCUUAGUGAGCCUAAAGUGGAUGGAUACUCAGAAAAGUCAAGAGGUCACCUAGGGUGAACUCUAUAUGCAAAUCAGACCGAUUAUGAGGUGACUCCCCUCAAAAAAAGAGCGCGAAGAUUUGUUCAAUUAAUCCAACAUCAAACAUACAUGGGCUUUCACAGUAUUUCCUGCUGGUGUAAAAUAGUGUAAAAUUCCGAAAAUGAGCCUUCGGGUCUUCUUUCUCAAAGGCCCGGGCGGGCUUUCAUUCGGUGGGUGCUUAUACUGCGGAAGAUUUUUCUAUUCUGCUUUUAGAAUUUGAGAGGCAUUGCGCCACAGAAAGACUAAACUUCUGGUCAAGUCCGUCUGAGAAACAGACGCUGAAAUCCUUGCUCUGGUCCCCCGACCUGUGUACUCGGAUUUUAGUACGCACCACGAUUAGUAUGUUUUAAAAAAAAUGCCAUUGUUGAUUUGCCAGUCAUUUUGAGGGAGAAAUUCGAAACACAUUUCCCCUAAUUCGUCCGUUGGGGCCCAGAACAAGGAUAACGGCGCUGUUUCGCAGACGUCACUAACCGGGCGGGUUAGAUUACAUCUGCGACUCAGGCUAGGAUUCAUUUGAAGGGGAUUAUAAACGGAGGGGUUUACUUUUUAACGGUAUCUUCAAUACUUGCUUUUGAUCCUUAGGAUUCAAAACGACCUGUGGACAGUUUUGAAGCCCGUUUCGUUGCUAUUGGAUAAACGCAAGCGGAUCACCGUGCUGCUACCACGAAUGCGCAUAGACCUGUUUGAUCUUCUGAACAGGAAUGGCAUUCCAUUUCGGCACGGGCUCAGAAUGGUUCAACAGAUAACGGAUGCUUUUGAAAAUUGCUGGGAGAGAGGCCUUUAUCACGUGGAUUUGAGGAUUUCAAAUAUCCUGGUAUUUAUUUUUUGAGAUCCUAAUUAUUUCCCUUCUUAUUUGACCACUGUGUGCUUUUGUAAGUGAAAAUGCUCGAUUCAGUUCUCUAGCUAUUCCUUAUCGCUAAGAUUUCUUAUGGUCAUCUCAAUACGAGAAGAAUCCAAUUUGCCCGUGAGGACUGGGGUUGGGGAAGGAAAUUUGUACUCUUUCCAGUUUUCCAGUUUUGGAUCGGAACCAUUAGGAAUCAAGAUACUCGGCGACCGAAACCACAUCUACACGGAAAAAUCGCCGACUCUGAAUAGUCUAGUUGGGGUCGUCUAUGAAACUGGUCUUUAUUACAUCUUUUUCAAGUAUUGUCAGUAGUCCAAUUUUAAUUUUUCUUUGUUUGAGCCUCACUAUUGUCUAAACGAUAAAGCGAAGGACAAUAUACAUUGAACCAAAGCUGGAAACAAAAAUAUAUUUACCAGCCUCUGUAUCUCUUGCGCUCUCGUCUCAGUUUCCUUACAUCACUCACGUGGUUAGCAACUAUAAGAAUUUCUUGGAACAAACGAAAAUAAAGCUUUUACAUGAGAAAAAAAUUUCUAUCCCCGAAAUUUUUUUUCUACACCAACAUGGCUGCCGUUUCAUUCUUAAGGUAAACCAAUAUGGCCACCGUGACGUAAUGUGCAAAACUAUCUGUAGAUGUAAGGAAGCUUUAAUAUUUGACGGCGAUGAUAUUAACGACUAAAAAUCUAACACAACUCAACGUUAGAUACGUUGGUACAACCUCUGCGUUAAGCGCGGCUGCUCCAUAACUUUCUUUUUGUUUUACGGCAGCUGGACGAAAACUUGAACGCCAAGCUAAACGUCUCCAAACCGAGAGACGAUUCCAUUUUGUAUCCAGACGAAAAAGCUCCGUUUCACGUGCCCGACACCAACCCUGGUUUUCGUACGUUUGAUCCAGCGGUAGUGUGCAUCCUUAAAAACCACUGUGUGUACAGUCUUGCAGUGCUGCUAUGGCUACUGAUAGAGGACAAAUACUGCAGGCCUGACUACGCUGAGACGAGUGACGUGAAACAAGUGUACGCAGCAAUCGCACAGGAAAGGGACUCUAAGAACAUUUUAAGAAGAAUGGAAAAGGGUGAUUUGACGUCAGGAGGAAGGAUCGAGGGGCUAAACAUUGUACAGUCAACGUUUAAUUUACCGAAAGAAGAGUCUCUUUCCUCAUGGCUAGAAAACUUCAAAGUAAAGGUCACUUCCGUGCUUUCUUGUUAUGAAACUAUGGAGACGAGGUUUUGAACCAACAUGGUGGUGGAAGAAAACGAAUUUGGCGUUGCAGUCAAACUGCUGUGAAACAGUUAGCCUUUCCCAGAAUUGUCUCUUUUGCUACUGAGAUCAAUUAGGGGGAAAACCUCGCUGUCGUAUUUUUUAACAAAUAACCUAAAGAACGCUGCAAAAGUAAUGCAAGAGAAUUUCUUACGGUAUGCAGUGCAGUAUCCCAUAUAUAACUUGUAGCUCGGAAAUGUGCAGUAGUUUAAAGGAAAUAAGAGUUGUUUUUCAUGCUAACAUUUUUGAUUGCUGGAGUUGUAAACAGUCAAUAUUUAAGAGGUGGUCAAAAAAGACACUGGACGCUAAAGUAGAACGCAAAGCGCCUGUCGUUAGACCUCUUUCCACCGGGAGAUAUUUCAAAGUUUAUUAUUACUUGUGGAUUGUCCUGCCAAUUUACUUAAACCUGUUUCAGUGUUUGAACUUAUUUGAGUGUAUUGAGAUGUUUGGCCGCGGUGGAUCGCGAUGUAUGAUAAAAUGCAUGUAUUACCUAGCAACUUAGACCUACUCCUACAGAUAAAAGACCUAUUAUCUAAACGAUAUAGUGUCGCUUAGGCCGCAGUUUUAAGGCAACCUGCAGACCCAUGCAUUUAUUUAUAAAUGAGUUAGAGGAUAGAAAUGUACUUUAACCUGAGCUACUCUUGAUAUUGCUCGAAGUAAACAGUUUUAAUCAUCAGGGUGGGCAAAAUUGAAAAUGGCUAAACUCCGUGUUAAUUAUCCACCCUGAACUUUCUGGUAUGCUAUUUGUAAGUUAAGUUCAUCAUUUUUGAUAUGGAAAAGGAAAUAUAUAUAUACUAGAAUGAAACAGUAAUUUUAAAGAGCAAGAUAAUGACUAGGCCAUGUGAUACCGAGAC